AUGUCCACGACAAUCAUUACCAAGGUUCCCACGAGGCUGAGACGCAUCAACACUGUCGGCCUCAAUGCCGCAUUCUCAACUACCAAAUACCGAAGCCAAGCGCAACCGUCGAGCAUCAGAAGUUAUGUGAGCCAGCUGAUAUCUGGACCAAGAGGUCGCAUUUAUAUGGCAAGCGGCCUUGCUGUCGUUGGCCUCAUCGACUAUGAGAUUUGGAUGAUGUACUCCGCGAGGAACAAGAAGACAAACCCAUCGACCAGUGAUAUCUAG